GCAUCGCAUAAGCAUUUAGCGGUGGAAGAGUUCAGUUCAAUAAUAAAUUGAAUUUGUUCAAAAGAUAUGUAAUAAACAAGGUGGAAGGCCAACUUGCAGAGAGGAUAGUUCGCAUUAGUGAAUUAGUUCUGCUUUUGCUGUUGUCGUGAACAAUUUUCAGUGAAAAUAGAAAUGUUGUAUUACUUGUUAGUCCUACACGUUUUGGUGCACACCUCACUGGCUUCGAUUCCAGAAGAAAAUGAAAAAGCAUUGUGGGAUUCUGGACAGAAUGGUGUCAAGUACCCUUACAAGAGUCCACUUACUUGUCCACAACAUACAAGAUGUUUGCCAAUUAGUUCUUGCCCUUUUCUUAAUGAAGUCUUGAACAACGAAUGUGCCAGAAGCGAAAGAUUAGCAAAUUUAGCUUGUGGGUAUCAAGGAUCCGGAUAUGUAUGUUGCCCCCAAAUGGUUCAGCAAUCACCUUCAAAUCAAGCGCCAACCCCAAUGGUUGAUGGACAAGAGUGUGGCAUCCCUGCAGUUUUAGGACGAGGUUACAAAAGUAUAGGGGCGUAUCCCUUUGUAGCAAGGAUAGGUUUUAAAAGCACAGAAAAUGGCGAUAUCAAGUAUCCUUGUUCUGGGUCAAUUAUUAAUAAUAGGGUGAUAUUGACUGCUGCUCAUUGUGCUUUGGCAAAAUCCAACACUUACAAACUGUACUCUGUACGGAUAGGGGAAUGGCUUUUGAAUUCAGAUAUUGAUUGUGGACCAGAAUUCUGUGGAUUACCAACUCAGGAUAUUCCUGUCAGUCAUGUUAUCGUGCAUCCUGGUUUUAAUGAGCAAAUAUAUAAAGAUGAUAUUGCUCUUAUUGUUCUAUCAUCGAAAUUAAAUUACUCAGUGACUGCUCAACCUUUGUGCUUACCGGAAAAAUGGCCUAUGCUGGGUGGAACUGCUGUCCUUGUAGGUUGGGGUAAAAAAGCUGGUGAGAAUGAAAUGUCCAACCUACAACAAGUAGUACACUUACCACUUGUAAAUUAUGAUACCUGCUCAGAAGUUUAUUCAAGUGUAAUACCUGUUACUGACAGUAACAUUUGUGCCGGAGGAGAGGAAGGGAAAGACGCCUGCUCAGGAUUUGGAGGGGCGCCUCUUUUGGAGCAAAGAGGAGAUAUAUUUUACCAAAUUGGAAUAAUGUCUUUCGGGUCAGAUAAAUGCGGAAUGGCUGGUGUACCGAGCGUCUAUGUAAAUGUAAGGAAAUACAUCGAAUGGAUUUAUAAAAAUUUACCAACACUAUACAAUUAAUAAUAUUGAUAAGUGUAGUUAAUGUUCUUUAUUGGUUGUUAAAUAUAAUUCGUAAUUAAGUAUUCGUAAUGUUUUUAUGAUUCUAUACGCUCAUUUAUAAUUUAUUAUACUUUAAUUAUUGUACAUUAGAGCAUAAUUUGAUAAGAACCAAGAGAGUGCUUUUAAAUUCAUUAGUUAGGGUUAUAUAUUAGAAUAAUAACAAAGAGACUCACCCUAUACAUCACAAUUUUUUAUUAAAAACGGAAACGUGUUUCGCUCACAUUGAAUGCGGGCACGACGUAAUGGUAAUGUCCAUAUUUUAAAACCUUUUGUUGAUUGAAAUUCCUGCUUUUUGUAUACUUUUCUAUUUUAUGAUAGUGAUAAAUCAAAGCCAACUGCGGUGA